AUGGGCUUUCCUUUCUCUGGUAUCAUCAGAAAGGCAUCAUUUGCUGCAAACCGAGCAGCUUCGAAAACUGCAGACAUGCCAAAAGGAUAUCUUGCAGUAUAUGUUGGAGAAAAACAAAAGCGGUGCGUAAUUCCCGUAUCAUACUUGAACCAACCAUCAUUUCAAGACUUGUUGAGCCAAGCUAAGGAAGAGUUUGGAUAUGAUCAUCCCAUGGGUGGCCUCACUAUUCCUUGUACCGAAGAUGUCUUCCAAAAUAUAACGUCUCGCUUUAAUGGGCUAUGA